ACGCUCUUUUGUGAGAAAACAAAUCAAAAAAUUCGCCAGCAGAAUACCAAAGGUUGACAAUAUUCUGGUACUAUAUCCAUAUCCUCUUGAGAGAUAUCAGGUCCGCUCGAUGAAUGAAGAGCUAACAUUCUGAUGCAGCGAAAUACCAGGCAGUAAUUCCCAAUCAAUUUACAAAAGAAACAAACUCAUUUUGUACAUACAGUCGGUAAGAUACACCCCGCUCUUGAUUCCCUCGUCAUUCUGCCAUGCAAUGCAUCUUACUCCUAUCCCUUUGAUACUGUUACACCUCUGAUGCCCUAAAUACUUCCACCAAUUCCACUGAAUGUCCGGCAAUUUUCCUGCCUUAUCUCACAACAAGUUUCAAUUUCUAUCUAACCUGCUUUCCCCGAUUUUCACGAGUUGAAAGGAUGGCCAUGGAGACACUCCCUAUACUGAGAGUUAGAACAAUUAGUCUUCGAAUCCUAACUGACCAUUCAAAGAAGUAGAGGCAAAAUGCCUAAAGACGCGCAGCAUGUCCAGUUUCUCAACGACUACUACAAUACGCUCGUCGACCCCAAUAUCUUGACGAAGCCCACCCAAGAGAUCGCAGACGACUGCAACAAUGCACAUUUUCCCCCCACGACUCAAGGCGUUGAUGGUGUUGACUCCCAAAUAGUGGGAAGGUAUGGUUUAAUCCUUUUGACGCUGCUAACAUCAGUUACUAAGCUAACAUGCACACAGACACAUGAGCGAAUGUCGAAAGCGCGCCGCAAACCAAUCUCGUGCAAAACGAAAUACUCCGGAACAGACGCAGAUCCUCGAAGCCGCGUAUGCACUUGAUCAUUAUCCACCUCCAGGAACGAAGAUGAUAUUAAUGUGGCAGACGGGUUUGAGCUACAGGAAGGUCAAGAAUUGGUUCGAACAUAAAGCUAAGGUGCUCAAGAUGGCUGGCAAAGAACGAAAACAUCCGGAUUCGAGGUCUAGCAGACAUGCGACUCGGAUGUGGAAAGCAUAUGAUGAGGAUCGCGAAGGAUAUGUCAAAAAGCUGUUGAAUGGUUCGAUUUGCCCCGUGACCGGCGCCGAUCUUACUCGACGAAUGGGAAAGAAUGCACCCGUAAAUGACGCCAUGAAAACUGUGAGCGGCCACCUAGGCCUCGGAGUCAUGGCACCUGGACCAAAUGUUGGAUUUGGGUCUAACUAUCAAAAUGGCCAAGGUAACUUUCGGGCCAUGCAGACUCUACCACAUAACCUGAUGAACCAGCAUGGACAAGCUGGAUCCCAGAAUGUGCCGGCGCCACCGCACUAUCAGAUGAUUUCUCACGGACAAAAUGGCUUCCAGAGAAUGCAGGCACCUCUACCCGACCAGAUGAACCAGCAAGCACAACAAGGACCUCACCCGAUGCCUGUGUAUACUCAGGGACAAAGCCAGAUGUAUUCCAUGUUACCGGCUCAGUUUAUGAACAUUGGAAACAAUGACUUGACAGCAGGACAGAGCUAUGCUGCGAAUGGAAACGAACAAGCCGGCCAACAAAUCGCUCAGCCAGGAGCUAAUUUCCUAAAUCCUAAUAUGCGACACCCACAUCCUGCAUUACUCAACGGAAUAAACACUGCUGUAUCAUACCGUCAUAAUGGUGGCAUGUCUGGAUGGUCCAGCAUUCCAAGUGGUCAACCAAUGACUCAAAACUAUCAGACUUCUCGAGGUCAGUGGCAGGAGCAGUAUGCAUCUCCCUAUCCCCAGGUUCCAGUAAGUCACGCAGAGCAGCCGCCCAAUAAGAGCUUGACCCAAACUGCCACUUCAUCUGGAAAGAGAAAGCCAGCUCCUGUCGAAAUCGAAAUCGACAGUGAUAAACAUUCGAGUAAGCGACCUUGUCGUGCCUCAAAGCCCCAAGCUAUUGCUUCACAUGGCAAGAGAGAGUUCACUCCAGCUGAUGGUGCAAUGGACGAAACUGAACGUCCGAAAAAGCAACAUAAAAGCAUGAGACAGGUGUCCAGGACCAAGGGACAAAUGAAGCCUAAACCGUCCCCAGAGUUUCUGGCUCAAUUGACAAGUAUAGCUGAAGGUGGUUACCAAGGACAAACAUUCACGGCAGCACCCAAUACAGGAAUGUCCUUCAACAAUGGUGACAUGAACAGAUGGUCACCCAAUCAAUCUCCCACCAGACAUAAUGGCUAUGACAGACAUUAUGACGGAAAGACAACUGGAGCAACAGAGACGGCAAGUUCUAGCCAUUUCUUUCAUUUUAUACCCUUCCUUCAGCAUUUAACGUUAGAUAAAUCUUCUAUCCUCUGCACGACUUGAUUCUUUAUGUAUCUCCUGCAUUUCUCAUUUUUUUCUCUAAAAACUUCCGUUGAGGAACAAUUACUGACUUUUCGAUGCUGCAGACUCCUGCUAUCUCAAAGCCUACCACUGCCACCCCAGAAAUUGAUUCUCGUCUUCUUGACCCUCUUCUUUUCAGUGACAAUGAGAGAAAAUCCGGGGAGGCACAUGCAACUGCAAAUCAAGAUCGCAACAAUUUCGUUCCACAACAGCAGUUUACCCAUGAGGCACAGAAAGAGGCCAACCCCACUGUGCAAGGAAGAGUUCAAAGCCCUACAGCACACAACGCCAGUAGCAAAGGCAGAACCUGGGAGGCUGAACUAACAGCUCAAUACCCCCCAACACCAAAGAAUUCUUCUUACGAACAGAACGGAGUUCAGGAGCUUGAGUUGCAGGAUCAAGCGCCCUCGCAACUGGAGUAUCCUGUGAGCGUACAAGAUGUCGAAAACUCCGACAAUUUACUUCUCUCAGUGGAAGAUAGUUCGUUUCUUGACUCCAUUCCUAUGGAUGGGGAAUUCGACUUCAAGUCUUCCCUGCGUACUUAGAGGUGCUGAAGGUGGUGCCCAUGGUAAUAUACGGAACUGGGCUCGCAAUGACUACAAAUUUGUACCCGGCCAAGGAUAAUUGGCAUAGAUGGAGUGAUGUGGCUGUAUGGCAUUCAUUUUGUAGCAUGUAAAGGGGAGGAUGGUGAUAUAGGAAAGGAUUUCUCUGUCUUGGGCUUGUGCUAGAUUCGAAGAGACUCGGCGCACAUUAUCUCAAGUUCAAAUACAUGUGCUACAACAAGGACGUUGCGGGUCUUGUAGAAACUGCCAUGAUCCCUUUGCUGUAUAUUA